AUGGCGGCUGCCGGUGCCAAAGCAUCAGCGGCUGCUCCGAAAGCAGAAACAGACUCAGCAGCAGAAUCCUCCAAUGCGGCUGCAUCCACCUCAGCAUCAGUCGCUGGCGACGACGCCUCCUCCGAAGCGGGCGUGAGGACCAAGAAACCACGCAUCGACACGCUCAUCCUCGACGCAGGUGCCCUCAUCAUGCGGGCGCCACUCGAUGGUCUCGCCUCGGAGUACUAUAUCCCGCCUCGCGUCAUCGAAGAAAUCAAGCAUGCUUCGGCGCGCGAGUACCUCGAAUCGUUGCGACUUCGACCCGACUUCCAGCUUCACGUCGUCCAACCCGGACCUGCUAGCAUGGUCGCAGCCACAGAGUUUGCAAAGAAGACUGGUGACAUCGGUGUGCUUUCGACGCAGGAUUUGGAAGUGAUCGCGCUCACGUAUGAGAGGGAGGUGCACAGACACGGUACGAAGCGUAUCAGAGCCAGUCCUGAUGGCAAGAGGGGUGAAGCGUCUGCGUCUGCCCCUGCUGCUGCGACGAGUGACGCUCCCGACAGCGCCGAGGGCGUCUCCUCCUCCAGCGCCAGACCUGCAGACGAUCAAAAAGCAGCUCGUCAAGCUGCGAUCGACAAGAAGCGCCAGCAAAAGGCAGAUGCAAAGCAGAAGAAGCUUGCAGAAGAGGCUGCCGCACAGGGCCUUACUGCGGAUCAGCUCGUAGCACAGCGCAUCAAGGAGAACCGCGAGAAGAAAGCCGCAAAGAAACAAGCAAAGGAUGCGACACAAGCAGCAGCAGCGACACAAGCGGAAGAGGAAGCUCAGCCAAUUCAGUCGGCAGAAGAACAGGAGGCCGCUCAGGAAGCACUUCAGAAUGAGGCAUCCCCAUCAAAUGCUGAGCCAGGCGUCGACGAGGGCUGGAUCGAAGUAGAUUACACAGACGAAGAGUCAGACGACGAAGGCGAUGGCGCCUGGAUCACACCAGACAACGUCCAAAAGGCCAAGAACCUCAGCAUGGGUUUCGUCUCGGACAACCGCAUGCCCGGCUGGAAGUACUCGGAGCAGACCAAAGACGACCUUCCUGAGCCUGCCGAAUUAGUGGCGCCCGAAGAGCCGCUCGAAGAAGGCUGGUCGCGUGUCGAAUCAGGCUCCAAAUCCAAAUCCAAGCCGCCCCACCGCAACCACGUCUCGCGCGACUACAACGACCCAUCCAUCCAGUCUCGACCUUCGCUCUCCUGGGAUUCCACGGGCAACACCUCUCAAGGCGGACACAUGACUGUCGCGUGCAUCACUGGUGAUUUCGCCGUGCAAAACGUCCUCCUUCAGAUGGGAUUGUCCCUCGUCGGUGUUCACGGUUCUCGCGUCCGAGCUGUCAAGUCCUUCGUACUGCGCUGCCACGCUUGCAUGAAGGUGUGCAAGGACAUGGAGAAGAAGUUCUGCCCCGUCUGCGGUAAUGCCACGCUCACAAAGGUCGCCGUCACCGUCGACGAUACUGCCAAGGGUGGCUUCCAACUCCACCUCAAGAAGAACUACCGCUUCAACUUGCGUGGUACCAAGUACUCCAUUCCCGCUCCCAAGGCGGGUUCCGCUUCGGGAGGCAAGACGGGAGGAUCCGGAUUGAUUCUUCGUGAAGAUCAGUUGGAGUGGCAACGCGCGUUGGCCAAGGAGGCGAGUAGGAAGAGGAAGGAGGAGAGGGCGUUGGAGAAGGCGAUGCGUGCGGGCAAGGAUGGUUUGUCAGUCAGGUAUGAGGAGGCGUGGGAUUAUGGAGAUAUUUUCUUGGGCAGUCAGUUUGCCUCGAGGGAUAAGAGCAACUUGCCUGUGAUCGGGCAUGGGAGGAAGAACCCGAAUGCCAAUCGACGCACUCGCAAGUGA